AUGGAGUAUGUUUAAUAUUUUGAAAUUGUGGGGACUUUUAACAAUAAGCCUUAAAAGUUAUCUAUUGAUAUUAUACCUAAUUUAGAGAGUAUAAGCAUUGUAUAAAAAUGGUAUAUCUUAAUAUUAGAACACUUCCACAAAUUAAAAGUUAUUUGAAUUGUUAUUUUCUGAAGACAAUAUAAAAUUCUAAUGGGGUGAUUACAAAUAAAGAUUAGAUUAAGCCAAUUCUGUUUCUUUAUGGAUAAAAAAAGAAGAAUUUAAGAUUUUAGGGAAGCCAGAGCAUAUAUAAUGGCUUUUUAAUUUGUGUAAAGGAAAAUUUUUAUAUAUAUCAAAGGACCAAAAGUAGAAAAGAACUUUUGUCAAAUAAAGUGACACAGGGAUUGUAUUUAUAGUAUAGUUUAUUUUAGGUUUAUAAACUGGAAGAUUAGUGUAAUUCAGAUGAGUAAUGUUUUGAGAAAAUUCUUUUCCAAAAGCAACAGUAAUUUAAAUAAGAUUACCAUAUUCCAGAAGAAAUAAAACUUCUUAAGUUAAUUAAUCAAAAUAAAUGUCCCUAUUUAAUGAGAUUAGAGACAAUUCAAUAUAAUGGAAAUGAAUUUUCAUAUUCUUAUAAAAUAAAAAGACUGGACUCUUUAAAUUAACUUAUAAAAGAGUCUUAAAACUUGAAAUUAAGCUAAGUAUUAGAAAUUAUAAGAUAACUGUUAUAAGGUAUAUAUAUACAUAUACAUUAAUUUAAGUCACUCAUUAUUUUGAAUCAAUAAAGUUAGUGCAUAACUAAUUAGACUUAGAAAAUAUACAAUAUUCAAAGAUAGAAAACAUAAUUUAAAUCACUAACUUUUCAAGUUCAUUUUUAGAAUAAAGCUAGCCUAAUAUAUUGUAAUUAUUAUAAUAUAUAAUAAGAAGUAAAGGAUAAGUUUGUGGUCAUGCUUCUCCUGAAAGUUAUUCUUCAUAGUAAUCUCUAACUACUUCAACCAAUAUUUACUAGGUUGGCAUUCUAUUUUAUAUAAUGUAUAAAAUAUAAUAUAAAUUAGGGUAUUUGGGAGAAAUCCAUUUGGUAAUAGUUAGGAGGAGAUUUAGAGGAAUAAUUCUGAAGGAAAAUUUUCUAUACCUAAAUUAAGUGGAUUAAUAUUGGAAAAAUAUACAAAAAUAAAUGAACAAAUGUUUGAGAUGAUUUCUUCAAUGUUGUCUAUAUAUCCUACAAAGAGGUAGAGUUCUAAAUAUUAUCUGUCAUCAAAAAUCUUUACCCCAUUUUUUAAAUAAAAAAUUUCUAGAAUGGAAUUAAGUCUUGAAUUUAAUUAAGUAAAAUAGGAUGAUUCUAUAAAUGACGAAGAUUAACAUCUAAAACCUGUAUACAUUUUUAAGACAAAAUUUUGA